AUGGAUCUGAUUGACUUUAUUUUGCACGUAGACGAACACCUGUUUGAAUUUAUUAGAAAUUAUGGUAUCUGGGUGUAUGGAAUUUUAUUCCUGAUUAUUUUUGUUGAAACAGGUCUCGUGGUGAUGCCAUUCCUGCCUGGGGAUAGCUUACUUUUUGCUGCCGGCGCUUUAGCUGCUUCGACGGGUGCAAUGGAUCCUGUGUGCUCGGCGAUACCCUCAAUUAUCAUAUCGGGAAAUAUGUCGGACCGCGUUUUUUUGAAAAACAUGGUGGAAAAACUAUUAUCUUUGCCCGUUUUAUCCCUUUUGCCCGCACUUUUGCACCAUUUGUUGCGGUCGGUGCAAUUUGCUGGGUUGGCUCGUUUAUUACCUUGGGGCAGCGGUGGCUGGGGUUGGGGGAUUGGUCCAAGGCAAUCUUCAAAUACCAAAAAUACUGAGCUUUCCCGACUGUAUGGUGAGCAAGAUGCCUUGUCUCAGGCGGCUCAAUUUAAGAACUGCCCUUACGUCCCUAAACGUCAGGAAGUUAAAAAAUAA